AUGUAUGACAACAUCUCUGAUUUCACAAGAUAUGAUGACGACCAUGACCCCGAACACGGUGAAGAAGAAGUUUUACAAACAUCCAUUAAGACAGGAAAGGUUUUAACACAAAGUCUCAUUAUUGACACCGAAGAUGGUGAAGUGGAUGUUCUUCAAGAGCUGAAGAAAAAUACUUCUGAAGGAGGUGGUGGUAGGCAUGAACUUGAAAUAAAUGAGAUAGAAAAGAAAUUAGCCGAAAAAGCAGAUAAAAACCAUGUUCAUUAUAUAAGUUCAGAUGAACAGAUUAUAACGGACUACCAUGGAUAUUUAACACAGGAUGAAGAAGUGAAGACGGAAGAUGUUAAUGAAAGAAGAUAUAAAUACAUUCGUGCUGAAGGUUAUGACAUACGUUGUACUGUACAGUAUGACACAGGUAAAGCACAAGAAGCAUUUGGUUAUAACGAUGAAAUUUAUGCUUCAUACUUCUUUGUUAACGGUGUAUUAGUUGAACCAAGAUUUACUUUGAGAGUUAAGACAAAAAUAACUUUUGAAGAUGCUAUUAAAAGUAAAGCUGACAAAGAUGAACUUGACGCAACGAACAAAGUUUUGAAAUCUCAUAAACACAAUAUCUCCGAUAUAAAUGAACUUCAAGCUACAUUAAAUA